CUGUACAGUCCCAUGGCGUACAACCAUGGCCACCUUGGUCCCCGAGACAGUUGUAACAAGGAAACGAGCUGUGACUUGGGAAACUUUGAGUUGCAAGAUCAAAGCUCUGCGUGCCAAAACCAACACCUACAUCAAAACACCAGUCAGAGGAGAGGAGCCCGUCUUCAUUGUCACCGGGAGGAAGGAGGACGUGGAGAUGGCCAAGAGGGAGAUCCUCUCAGCAGCUGAACAUUUCUCCAUGAUCCGGGCGACACGCAACAAGGUCAACGGCUUGACGGGAGCCAUGCAGGGCCCUCCCAACCUUCCGGGACAGACCACCAUUCAGGUGCGGGUCCCCUACCGUGUGGUAGGCCUGGUGGUGGGACCCAAAGGGGCCACCAUCAAGAGGAUCCAGCAGCAGACGCACACGUACAUCGUCACGCCCAGCCGAGACAAAGAGCCUGUCUUCGAGGUCACGGGGAUGCCUGAAAAUGUGGACCGGGCCCGGGAGGAGAUCGAAGCCCACAUCACCAUGAGGACAGGAUCCUUCAUUGAUGUGAAUGCCGACAACGACUUCCACUCCAACGGCACCGACGUUUGCCUCGACCUGCUGGGCAACACGGCCAGUCUGUGGGCCAAGGCACCCAACCCGGCCCGCAGGCCCUCAGCCGGCCUGCGCAACGACAGCCUCAGCUCCUUGGGCAGCACCUCCACUGAGUCAUACUACAGCGGGCGGGUGGCGGACACCAGCCCCACCAGCCCCUACAGCACCAGCAGCGGCUUCACCUUCGGCGACCCCCAGGCACCGCUCGGCUCAGAGGAGUGUGACUUUGGCUUCGACUUCCUGGCCCUCGACCUCACCACGCCGACCACCAUCUGGUCUCCCUUUGAGCGCUCCAACCCCCUGCAGGCCUUCAGCAGCUGCUCCUCCGUCAACGGCUCCCAGCGACGCAACAGCAGCAUCAGUGGGACGGCCACCCCCCGGCACUCUCCGACCCUCCCCGAGAGCAGCGUCGCCCUGGACCACCCCUUAGCACGCCGCAUCCAGAGCGACCCGGUCAGCACCUUGUCCUGGCUGCCCACCCAGGGCUCGCUCUCGUCCUUCUCCAACAGUACAGGCUACUCCUCCUCCUCGUCCCUGCCGGGCAGCAUCUCGGCCACCUCGGGCUCCCCCACGGAUUCCAGCAGUUCUGACGGGCCCCGCAAGAGCUCCCGGGAGUGCAUGGUGUGCUUCGAGAGCGAGGUCAUUGCCGCCUUGGUGCCCUGCGGCCACAACCUCUUCUGUAUGGAGUGUGCCAUCCGCAUCUGUGGCAAGGCCGAGCCGGAGUGUCCUGCCUGCCACACCCCGGCCACCCAAGCCAUCCACAUCUUCUCGUAGCUGUCCGUCCAGAGCCGGAGCGGAGGGCGCCCACCUACGCCCCCCCGCC